CUCAUUUGAUUGAACACUUCCAACCCACGAUUCUAGACAGGCCUCUCACGAUGGCCCUUUCUAUGGAGAGGCGCGCGGCGAACUCAGGCGUCAGCACACCUGCAGCUCCCCGGCGUUAUUUAUUCGCCAAUCCGAACUCUUCUGUAGCAGUUCGUAAUUGCAACUCGCUGGCUCAUCGGUUAGCGAUGGCCUCGCCUGCGGCGGACCUGGCGCCUGGCUCCACAAGCUACCCUGCUGCCUGGCCCUGCAUCCGCUCGCCUCGGUUAUCGCGCUCGGCUAUCGUGGCAGCGGCUUCUGGAAACGGCGCUGGAGCCCCGGGCAAGGUCGGUGUGGUGAUUGUGGACCACGGCUCGCGCAAGCGCGCCUCCAAUGACAUGCUGCACGAGUUCGGCGCCCUGUACGGCCAGCUGACGGGGCACGACCUGGUGGAGGUGGCACACAUGGAGAUCGCGGAGCCCACCAUUGCGCAGGCCGUGGGCCGCUGCGCGGAGCGGGGCGCCAGCACUGUGGUGAUUGCGCCGUACUUCCUGUCACGAGGGCGCCACAUCCAGGAGGAUAUCCCGGCUCUGGUGCGGGAGGCGCAGGCGGAGCACCCCGGGCUGAAGUGCAUAAUCGCCGACCCCAUCGGCAUUGACCCGCUGAUGGUCCAGCUGAUCAGCAACCGGGUGGCCUCGGCUCUGGAGGGCGGGGAUGAGGCCGGCAAGGCGGCGGUGGCCGUGGCGUCGGGAGCUGGGGCUGGCGCUGGGCAGGCGUGAUACACUGGAUUUUGGCAGCGUUGGAAGGGUGCAGGUGCCUGGUCAGCAUAGCAGGGCAGAGCGCGUUUGCCUGGCAGCAUGAGGAGCAUAAGGAGUGUCAAGGGAUACCGUUUACGGGGGAGGUUUCGAAGAUCACGGAAGCCAUUCAGAAAUAGACAGGGCGUUGCGUGCACUAAGCAGCCCUGAUGGCAGGGUAGCUCGAGUCCCGUCAGGCGAAGUGCAAAUUGCUGCUGACCGCUGACGCCAAGCAUAUGAUACGGUAAGUAGGGCAAAGUGGAGGAUUGGGCUCGGGCAUGCCAGUUCCGUUUUUCGCCCUGUGGUCAUGGUUGGAAAGUCCGAGUUGGGAGCUUGGCGCCAAUGCGUUGAGGCGAGGCACAGUCUAUUGCCAUGUAUGUAAGCAUAAUUCGGU